AUGACCACCCCCUUCGAGCAAGUCUUUCUCUGGGGGGAAGUCGAACCAGAUCCACCUUUCCCAGAAGCUCUGAUGAACAUCAUUGCAUACGCCGACCUGACAGCUGGUUCUGCCAUCAUCCUUGCGACCCUCAUACUGUUUACUUUCGUGUUGGCAUCCUGGGAAAUCACCUCUUUGUACAUUUGUACUGGCUCGAACAAAUUCAUCGCCUCUCCCACCAAGACGGUAUUUUCUCUGCUGAGGUGCUACGCGCUGGAAUUCCUUCGUCUUUUAUUGUCUCGUGAUGACGCGCUGGCAAUUCUCAGAGAGCGUUUCACCAAAUGGAUAAUGGAUAGCAGACCAUACCGUAUAACGUCUGUAAUUGUCAAAUGGUACUUUCCCUUUAACUGCCCUAUCGCAGCGUCCUGUCGCCUGUUUGCGACAUGGGUCUUUGGGUUGACAAUGUACACAAGUGUGCUGGUCCCAGCCGCUCGGUACCUCUCUGGAGUGGUUGACAGUUGGAAUUCCGAUAUACACUCGUUUCACUGUCCUGGUGCAAUCUCGCGGUACUACCUCGAAGAUCGACUUUCCCGGCGUGCCCUGUACGAAAGCUACUACUGCCUCGGAGAAAGAACCGGUCUCAAUCUACGCAAAGACAUUAUUGCGAGUGACUGGCAGCUACUGAGCCGUCUGCUCAACGACGACGGUGAAAUUGACCAUUACCAUGCCAUCAUCGCCGCGGUUUCCGUGACCUCUCUUGUUAUCUUGACCACAGUGGUAUUCACCGUCCUUCCCGAAACAACUGCCUUUAAGCGCGCCAUGGCGGUCCUCUUGCGACAAGAUCCGCAAUCUGACGGACCCCGGCCGCUUACGCAGACGGAAAGUGACCUUUGGGACAUGAUCAACGGAUACGAAGGUGACCUGGCCACAAGGAAGGCCCAGCUUGCAAAGAAAGAUAUGUUGCUAGCUGCGACAACCGCCGAACUGCACGCCUCGAAGCAACGCCAGGAAGAGGGCUGGGCUCUUGUUCGAAAGUUGACCGCCCAUCGCAACGAAGCCGUGGAUGCGCAGCAGCGCGAGUUAUCCAACAACCGUCGCCUGCGUCGGCAGAUUCUCAAGAUCGGUGGCCAGCUCAGGGCUGCUGAGGGGUGCCUACAGGGCAACUGCCAGGAACAUGCCAAAAAAUGCCAGCAAGUCGUCAAUGAACGGAAGCAACUGGCCGAGGAGCGUCAACAACUUGCAUCUAAACGCCAGGAGUCCUCGGAAGACCAGCAUCUUGCCGAAGAUCGCGACCGACGUCAACAGCUCGAUGAAGAACGCCAGCAACUUGUCGAAGCACAGAAGCAACUCAUUCAGAAACGUAAAAGGCUCGCGUCCCCACACCAGAAGUCCUCCAAUGAACAGUGUCUUGCCAAAGAACGCCAGUUUCUCGAUGAGAUGCGCGACCGACUAAAUGCUCAGUGUCAGAAACUUACCGAAGAGCAGGAUCAGCAACUUGCUGUCCGUUGUAGUGAGCUGUCCACCUCCUUGGAGGAAACCCGCCAGGAACGGGACGCCGCACUGGACUCAAUAAUAAAACAGCAGCACGAGAUUGCUUUGAUCAACCUGUCGGCAAAUAUUUCGCGUGCGGAAGCCGAAAUAUACUACACUCAGUCGGAAGAAAACCAAGCUCAUUUCCACCAAUCUAUGUCUGACUUGAAGAGUGCCUGCGACUUGGCUGUUGAGCAGGAACGUUCAGCCACCGAGGAAGCUCGUAAAAUAGCCUGCGGUCUUGAAAUGGAGGUCAAGAACUGCCACAACAAGAUCGAUAUUGCCCAGAGAGACGCCCAGAGACACUAUGACCAGACGCUUGCUAAUCAGAGAACAAUUGAAAUCUUGGAACAUCGCUUGGCAAGGUACAGAGCAUUCGAGAUCGGUAGUACGCAGGAGGUCCCCAAGCGCCAGAUUGGUAAUCCUGGUUCGAUGUCCACCGCUCUGGCUGAGAAGGACGUUACCAUUGCAAAUCAGCUUGCCCAAAUUAACGACCUCACGCGCCAACUUGAAAAAGUUAAGCAGGGCGCGCCUUGUCCCGCCAUGCCUGACGAAUCAGUCCAGGAGAACCUCAAGAAGCUCCGCGUAGCCCUGGACAAGGAGCGGAGAGAGAGGACCGAGGAUAACAUCCGAUGGGGCUCGAAGACCUGUGAGCUGGAGAAAGCCAACCAGAAGCUCCGUAUCUCUAUGUCGAACGCGGAAUCCAAAUCUCGUCGUCUAGCAGGUCGACGUCCGCCUACAGUUUCUUGA